AUGGAUGACAAAACACGCAACACUCUGCAGCCUUCUGCUACCUUCGAUGACUCUUCUUCCAAUUCGAACUUCGCACAUCAAUUGACUACUUCAACAGCAUCCCCCACUCAGUCCCGCAGUUUCGCUCCAUCCUCAAUCAACUCAAUCGUGUCUGGAAUGGAUCAAUCGACAACAAUGGAACGAAAGAAUCCAAUGGCUGUCCAAGCCAGUCUGAUGUCGCCACCUGAGGCGCUCCCUCGAGAGAGCUUCUCACGACCAUCAACUGCAGAAUCAAAGCAGAAGUCCUCAUUUCCCUCCUCGCAUGGCAGAUUCAAUCCCCCUCUCUCACCUCCAGUUUCGCCAGAAUCGACUGCCAGCUCUCCCGACUCUCCAGCAAGUGUCACACGCGAUCCAAUCCUCUUUCCAACCCCCGACACCGCCAGCGUACAAUCAUCUCAACCUCCUCUCUUCUUUGAACCGGACCAUCAGCGGUUGGUUGCUGAGCAUGUCAGGGCCAGGGAUUCAAGUGUCUUCAGAGAGGCUUCUCCGCCUCGCCCAAUUGAUUAUCAGUUGGCUUUAGAAUUCAAAUCGCAGAUUGCAAAGGGCUACAACGCGAAUCGAAAAGUUUGGCACAUGAGGGAGCUGGCUCAAUUAAAGGAAGACGAUGCACUUCGACAAGGGGGCAGAAGAUACACACCCAUCGCCCCCGCGUUCCACGGCCCUCGCAAAUCUGGAGGAAGAGGUACUGGUACGCGUGUCAAUGGGAAUGGAAGCGUUGUCAAGCCACAUGUCAGAGCACCCAAGCCGCCUCGCGAUCGCCAAUCCACUCCAGAUGGUGGAGCGAAGAGAGUGGCUCGCGAAGACAAGGACUUCAAUUCCCUUCCCGACUAUGCUCCACCACUCAGCAGUCUUCCCAAUAAACCAAAUUCACUCAAGGUUGACUGGAAGGGCGCUCCAAUCGAUCUCAAGUCCGACCCCCAUGUACAUCUUCUACACCCUGAUGAAGUUGCUCUUGCCGCAAACCUUCGCCUCGACUGUGCCACGUACCUUACCUCAAAGCGACGGAUAUUCAUCAAGCGAAUCGAAGCAUUUAGGAUCAACAAGGAAUUUCGAAAGACCGAUGCUCAACAAGCUUGCAAGAUUGAUGUGAACAAAGCUAGUAAGCUUUGGGCGGCAUUUGACAAGGUCGGAUGGCUUCAUCAGCAUUGGAUCGAGAAAUACGCUUAA